CUUACAAGCUUUGAGGAAGGAAAAGUCCCGAGAUGCUGCUCGCUCUCGUAGGGGAAAGGAGAAUUUUGAAUUCUAUGAGUUGGCAAAGUUGUUGCCACUGCCUGCAGCCAUUACCAGCCAGCUUGACAAGGCAUCCAUCAUCCGACUUACAAUUAGCUAUCUGAAAAUGAGGGACUUUGCUAAUCAAGGCGAUCCUCCAUGGAACUUGAGAAUGGAAGGACCUCCACCUAAUACAUCAGUAAAAGUUAUAGGUGCCCAGCGCAGGAGAAGUCCCAGUGCCCUUGCCAUUGAAGUAUUUGAAUCACAUUUGGGAAGUCAUAUUUUACAG